AUGUCAGGAGAAGCAAGGUCAUCGGUGGAGUGUAUUGAUUCGGGUGAGACGCAAGGAAAUAACAAUUUAUCGGAUGCAGAACGUCGUGUUCUAAUGCCGGUGGACGGAAGCGAGCACAGCGAACGUGCGUUCAACUGGUACUUGGAAAAUAUAAUGCGACCUGGAGAUGGACUUUAUUUGGCUCAUAUUGUGGAACCUGCUUCACCGGGAAUUAAUUAUGGGAUUGCCAGUAAAUCGCCAGCAAUGAAAGACGAUUUUGCUAAACACAUUAAUAAAUUGGUUGAAUCUGGUCGAGCGCUUCGAGGUAAAUUUCUCUCUCGUUGUGAAAGUCUCGGUUUGGCCGCACGUUUUACAAUUCAUGUGGGCACCAAACCCGGAGAACAUAUUGUGCGUCUUGCUCAAGAUCAGAAUGUCCAAAUGAUAGUCGUUGGAAAUCGUGGAAUCGGGACCGUGCGACGGACAUUUCUGGGCAGUGUGAGUGAUUAUAUUCUACAUAAUGCUAACGUCCCAGUCAUCGUAGUCCCGCCAACAAAGAUCUCUAAGAAAAAGUAG